AUGGGUGGUGUUACGAGGUGGAAAGACGAAACCCUAGGCUCGAUAUCCGCGGCGCCGCCGCUGCCGUUGGUGGUGUUUUUCGGUAUUUUCAUGAUGCUGAUGUUUUUGGCGGCUUAUUCGGAGUUCAAGGAGAAGGUGGAGAGAAGCAGGAUGGAGUUCAGAUUUGCGCUCAUGCUGCUGCCGGUGGCGGCGAUUCUGGUGGUCAAUAUGAUGCUCCUCCGCCGCAGGUUGUGGAGCUACAUCGUCGGAGCGCGGCGGCCGGUGUACGGAGCGGCGGCGGAUGAGGGAAGUUCGCCUUGGGGGUUGAUGCUUGUCUUGGCUUUGCUUCUUGUCAUGGUUUAUUAUCAGAAAUCAUUUCAGUCUGCUUGGUUUAGACUUUAA